AUGAAGAAAAAAGUCGAUUCCAGACUUAAAACAUUAUUAGAAAAUAACAUAGCACGGCGACAAAGAAGUCUGUUUGUAAUUGUUGGUGACAAUGGAAGGUACCAGGUCUCAAAUUUUUAUUAUUUACUUAGUAAUAUGCUACCUAGUAAACCUUCCGUAUUAUGGUGUUAUAAGAAGGAUUUAGGAUUUAGCAGUAAUCGUAAAUCACGAAUGAAACAGUUAAAAAAACAAGCUAAAAAAGGCAAACUAGAUCCAAAUGUGGAUGAUCCUUUUGAAUUAUUUAUUUCAAAUUCAGAUAUUAGAUAUUGUUAUUACAAAGAAAGCUCUCAAAUUCUUGGUAGGACUUUUGGUAUUUGCAUAUUACAAGACUUUGAAGCUUUAACACCAAAUAUUCUUUGUCAAACUAUAGAAACUGUAGCUGGAGGUGGAGUAAUAUGUAUUUUAUUACAUACAAUGUCAUCACUUAAAAGUUUAUAUAAUACUGUUAUGGAUUUUCAUGAAAGAUUUAUUGGAAAUGAGAAUCUUUAUUCAGGUAAAAUAAUUUCCAGAUUUAUUCCUAGAUUGAUAUACUCAUUUUCAACUUGUCCAAAUUGCAUUAUAAUAGAUGAUGAAAUGAAUAUUUUGCCAAUAUCCAAGCAUAUUAUGAAUAUUAAACCAGAAAAUACAAUGGUAGAAGAUAUUUAUUUGGUGAAUAAUAGAUAUUCACCAGAUGAAAAUAAAAAUAGGUGUCAAUCAUUUAGAAAUGUUUAUCUUUCUGGAAAGAGUAAGUCUAAUGAAUAUAUUUCACUUGAGGAAUCCUUAGCAGGUACAAAUGUUGGAAAACUUAUUGAAAAUUGUGCAACCUAUGAUCAAGCACAAGCUGUUGUACAUUUAAUGGAUACCAUAUUUAACAAAGAUUUAAAUGCAACAAUAUCAUUGACUUCAGGAAGAGGUAGAGGUAAAUCAGCAGCAUUGGGUUUAGCUCUAUCUGGAGCUAUUUCUUAUGGUUAUAGUAACAUAUUUAUUACUUCACCUUAUCCAGAAAAUGUAUCUACAGUCUUUGAAUUUGUAGAAGUUGGACUUAUAAGUCUUGGAUAUACAGAACACAAACAUUUUGAAUUAAUCAGAUCCAAAAUAUUGACUGAUAUUCGUGUUGGAGGUGGUAAGUCUCAUGUGAAUAGUCACCUUAUUCGUAUAAAUAUUUUUAAAGAGCAUAGACAGACAAUUCAAUAUAUAAGCCCAGAAGACUAUAAGUUAGUGUCACAGGCUGAGUUAGUUGUUAUGGAUGAAGCUGCAGCCAUACCAUUACCCAUUGUGAGAAAGUUUUUAGGAUCACAUAUCUUUAUAAUGUCUUCAACUACAAAUGGUUAUGAAGGUACUGGCCGUGCAUUGUCAGUGAAAUUAAUUUCAGAACUAAAGAAAUCCUGCUCCUCUUUAAAGAAUGGUAUAGUAGAUAGUAAUGGAAUAUCACCAAGUACUUCAUUUAAAGAAAUUAAUUUAAAUGAACCGAUUCGUUAUGGUAAAGGUGAUCCUGUUGAAAAGUGGCUUUAUGAUUUAUUGUGUCUUGAUGCUACAAGUCCUCCACCUUUGAAUCCAUCAAUUAAUGAAGAUUCAAGAAGUGAAAUUUCUACUAUACUUGCAUCUCCAUCACUAUGUCAACUUUAUAGGGUUAACAGAGAUGCUUUAUUUUCUCAUCAUCCAGCAAGUGAGAAAUUUUUACAUAAUAUGAUGUCACUUUUUGUAUCUUCACAUUAUAAGAAUACCCCAAAUGACUUAAUGCUUAUUUCUGAAGCCCCAAAUCACAACUUAUUUGUUCUAUUACCUCCAUUUAAUCCUGAUACAAAGAUUUUACCACCAAUUUUGGUUGCUAUUCAGAUUGCAGUAGAAGGUGCACUUUCUUCUGAUUAUAUCAAGAAUAAUUUAUCUAGAGGACUGAGACCAUCUGGUGACCUUAUCCCUUGGACUUUAUCCAACUAUUUUGUUAGGGAAAACUUUGGUCAGCUAACUGGUAUUCGAGUUGUUCGCAUAGCAACACAUCCUUCAAUACAGCGUAUGGGAUAUGGUAAACAUGCUUUACAACAGCUUAUUCUUAAAAUAGAAAGUAUAAGUACUGAGGAUUUGAAGUUUGAUGAGUUAAUACAUGAUAAAAAAGAUGAAGAAUUAACUAAAUCCACUGAAAAUAACAUCGAUUCUAUCUCUUUUAGAGAUCAUUUACAGAAGGAAAUUAUAGAAGUAAAUAGAACUAUCCCCCCCUUAUUAGAACCUCUCGAAAACAUCAACUAUAUAUUAAAACCAUCUGAGAAUAUUGAUUAUAUUGGUACAUCUUUUGGAGUUACUCUUGAUCUGUUUAAAUUCUGGUCGAAACUCGAAUUUAUCCCAGUAUAUAUCAGACAACAUAUGAGUGAUAUAACUGGAGAGCACUCGCUCAUUAUGCUUAGAUCAUUUGGUAAAAAUUGGGUUAACCUUUUUGCGCAGGAUUUUGUUUGUAGAAUCAUCCAGUACUUAUCUUCUCCUCUAUUCAAUAAUUUUAGUACGAGUUUAGCUCUAUCAUUAGUCAAGUCACUCGACAAUUCAUCAAAUAAAGUGAAACCUUUAAAACCAAGCAUAACUAAAGAUAAUCUUCACCAUUCUUUCACUCAACAUGACUGUAUUCGUCUUUCACGUUAUGCGAAACAAAUGGCAGAUUUUGCCUCAAUAGCAGACCUCGUUCCAAUUAUUAGUCAAUUAUAUUUUGAAAAUCGUCUGACAGGGGUUUUUAUAUCUUACAUACAGGCUGCUAUAUUACUUGGAUUAGGCUCACAACGUAAGAAAAUUGAUGAAAUAGCAGAAGAGUUCAAUAUUCCAUCUUCUCAACUUUUAGCAUUGUUCAACAAGGCUAUACACAAAAUCAAUACAUAUAUUCAGUCCAACAUUGAAAUUAGUAUUGACAGUAAUAAAAAUAGUACUACAAUUGAUGACUAUUCCUUAAAAGCUUCCAUUAUAGAAACAGCUGAAGAAAAUCCUAUACAUAAUAAAAUCCCUGAGGGUACAUCUCCUGAGAGGACCACAAGUAAAGAUCUCACUGGAAAAAGUCUUAUUUUAGAUCAUAUGGAAGAAUUUGAAGAGUUUAUUAUUCCAGAUAAUAUUGAAGAAGCAGUAUCAAAAGUGAAAAAACCUAUUGAAUCUGCAAAAUUUAAUGUUAAGAGAAGUUUAAAUUUACCAAACUGCAAAAAAAAUUUUGGUAAAAAAAAAAAAGUAUGA